GAACGCGCACACAUACCCCACACACACACACACACACACACACACCGCUACUGUAACUUAUGUUUUUUAUCGCUUUCUGCGCUUUAACGCACAUUUAAAACCAGAACGCGUCGCUGCUGCGUCUUGAUUUCAUGUGUGUGUGUGUGUGUGUGUGUGUGUGUGUGUGUGUGACAGUAACUCUCUUCUCUGUUUUAGUUCCUGUCUCGGCUAAUUGCAACACUUCGCUGCCUUUCAUAAGUUAAAUAUUAACACGGGACUUUAUUUCGGGGCUCAUUCGUUAUCCAUACAGACAGAGAGAGAGACAUACAGGACCACCGGGGACCGUCCCGGUGCGCCGCCGUUACUCCUAGAGAUUUACAGCCGCGGCCGAGCCCCUGACACGGGCAGUUAAUCAUCAGAGUUCCCGGUGCUGCGGUGCUAACCGGAAGGUGAGUGUGUCUGUGUCUGUGUCUGUGUCUGUGUGUGUGUGUGUGUGUGUGUGUGUGUGUGUGUGUGUGUGUGUGAGUCAGCUGCAGGACACUGUCACACCUCUCUCACACACACAGACCCAAGACCCGGGGUACCCCCACAGUCCCACCCGGACCCGCCCCGCGCCCAGUUCUGCUACCCCCGCCCGCCUGCUCCGCCGGGACGCUCAGCUGAAUAUCCCCGAAUGAUUCAUCCCGACCUGGCAGACACCGAGCAGACCUUCCAGACCGGCUGUCAAUGGCGUCUUUGAUCCGCACCCUCCUCUUCCUCAUCCUCGUGGUGGGUGGGACUACAGCGGGUGGGACUACAGCAGCUGUCAGUCAGGCCAGCCAAUCAGAGCCCAGGUGUGCCGACUGGGGGGAGUCCAGCGAGCGUGCGGUGUCGGUCCUGGAGGGCGAGGCCGGCUGGCUCUCCUGCCCUCUUUUCUUUCAUCCCUCCGUCUACAACUACACCUCCACCCAGAGCGCCGGGCACAACCUCUUCUGGUACCGCCUCCUCGAGGGCCACGAACUGGAGCAGCCAAUCACGUACAGCGUGCGGCUCAGCAGAGACCGAGAGAGGCUGUGGCUGCAGCCGGCCGCCGCCGAUGACACCGGCCUCUACAUCUGCAUGCUACGAAACAAGUCGUCCUGCAGUAAGAUCGCCAUGCGUCUGAAGGUGCUGCGGCCCGACGAGGUGGUCCGUGGUACCGACUGCGAGCCUCCGGUUGCCGUGGCGCCCACUCAAGAGGUCAUCCCUUUCCAGCAGGGGAAGACGCUGCACUGUCCAGACCUGCAGGAAGCCGGCAAGAUGGUCGACGAAAACACAACCAUCACAUGGUACCACGUACCUAGAAGCAACACGAGGUGUGAAAAGGCUCCGUUCUGGACCAACGACCGCCAGCUGAAAGGACUGAGUCUGGAGUUCCACAUCAUGUAUGAAUCUUUUCAGGGUUUAUAUUUCUGCACGGUGCACUACCAGAGGAGAGGCCAAACCCUCAACUUCUCCCGCAGCAUCAACGUCAGCGCAGUCUAUCCGUCUCAUUUGCCCAAACUACCCAGCAUCCUCACCCCGUCUGACCACCACGUCUUCACUGUCAAACAGGACACGGAGGCCCGUCUGGUGUGCACGGGUCUGUUCCCCUAUCUCGAGUCCUGGUGGGAGAUCUGGUGGACGGUCGAUGGGAAGACGCUGGAGAAACUCGCCGACCGCCGCUUCUCCAACAUCAACAGACAGGUGAAGUACGACUUCGGGGACCGGACGGAGGAGAGCGUGCUGGUGAUCCAGGACUUCCAGCCCGAGGACCUGCACCGGGAGUUUAACUGCUCCGUGAAGAACGAGAAGGGCUUCGAGACGCGCCGGGCUCAGCUGCAGGAGGAGGUGUCGCUGCCGUCGGUGGAGCUGGGCUGCGGUCUGGGCGUGACUCUGGUCCUGAUGCUGCUCCUCUUUGUGGUGUAUCACGUCUUCUGGCUCGAGCUGCUGCUGCUCUAUCGCUCCUGGUUCGGCACCGACGAGCGCCACACAGAUGAUAAGGAGUAUGAUGUGUACAUCUCGUACGCGAGGAGCGGCGAGGAGGAGCAGUUUGUUCUGUCGACGCUGCGCAGCGUUCUGGAGAACGAGCUCGGGUACUCCGUGUGUAUCUUCGACAGAGACAGUCUGCCGGGAGGGACCAUCACAGAUGAGACUCUGAGUUUUGUGGCCCGUAGCCGGCGCCUCCUGGUGGUCAUUAGCCCCGACUACGCCUCCCAGGGCUCCCAGGCUCUGCUGGAGCUGAAGGCCGGCAUCGACGGCAUGGCGCGGGGCGGGCACCUGCGGGUGAUCCUGGUCCAGUACAAGCCGGUGCGGAGGCAGGGCUGGGUGCGGGAGCUGAGGCGGGCCCGUGUGGCCCUGGCUCUGGUUCGCUGGCAGGGGGACAAGUCGCAGGAGCUGACGUCCCGCUUCUGGAAGCGCCUGCGGGUGGAGUUACCCGUGAGGAGGGUUAGCGGCGGGGAGGGGGCGGGGAAAGACAUGGCUCUGAUGAGGCUGCACAGUCAGAACAGCACAAACUCCCAAACUGGCCUCAUCAGCAACACGGUCAAAGACACGCAGAAAGUGUUCAACUCUGCAGUGUAACGUUAGGGGGGGGGGGGGAGGGAGCCCGACAUUGUAAACAUUCGGGGCUCAGCCCAAACCUAGAGGGGCGUCCGUCUAUAUGCGCUGUUUUCCAUGCAGUUUGAUAACAGUAUGCCUUAACAUCUGUACUUCAUUUGGGAAAACCUGUGGAGCCAACAUGUUUCUAUUGGUAAGUUACAUAACAUAGGGAGGGUAGGAAUUAGAGCCCCACCGAUAAAGGAUUUUGAAGGCCGAUAUCGAUACAAAUAUUUGGUAAUUUAAAAAUC